AUGGCCCAGACCCAAGCACCACCAGAUCCAGAUCGGAUCGGGGUCGAGGGCCCCAAGCCGCAACCGCUGCGGAGGCAGCACCACUGGACGGUGCCCAGCCCUCCAGCCCGCCGUAUGACCGAAUCAUCGCCGGAGCUCCCCCCGCCACGCCACCAAGCCGCCGCCGGGAUAACUCGCGCCGCCGCCAGAGAAGCUGCAGCCGCCGCGCGUCGGAGGGGCCCCAAGCCGCAGCUGCACCGCCGCCAGGCAGGGCCGCCGCCACCCAGCACGCCCUCCUCCGCGCCGCUGGGCCCCGCCCAGCCCAGCGCCGUCUCGCGCCGGACGCCAACCGCGAGGAGAGGGGCAAGAUCCCCGCCGCCACCAACGCCGGCCGGACUUUGCCCGGCGGAGCUGCGCGGUGGCGGCGGGCGGAGAGAUCGACGAGGGAGGACGAGGGGCGGCGCGCUAGGGUUUCCCCCGAGGACGCUCGCGGGAGCGGCUCAGGGGUCGGGAGUGGGAAUUCAACUCUUGUAA